AUGGUGAGAUUUCACGACGGAACCACGAACGAGUUACCAACCACUCACGUCUACAUCACUACCCAUAACGACGAAGAUGGAAAGCCAGUGUUCGAUGACCGCCCCGAGGAGGUCGUACUGAAGCGGAUAGCUGGUGCAGGAGUCAAUGUCUUGUACAGUACAAACACAUUCCCCGUCGAUCUCAAAGACAACAAAGACAUCAAGGACCACAAGAAUCAGUCCACGCCAUUCCCCAUCAAACUGCCCAACGGCUCAGUCGCUCGACUGAUCGAUUACGCUCCUGGUGUCGAAUCACCCAUGCACCGCACCAACAGCCUAGACUAUGGAGUCGUUCUCGAGGGCGAGAUCACCCUGAUUCUAGGCGAUCAUGAGACUGGACCCCGCCGAGUCAUGAAGCGUGGAGACGUCAGUGUGCAGCGCGCCACAGAUCAUGCAUGGAAGAACAAUAGCUCGACUGAAUGGGCAAGAAUACUCUACAUCCUGCUAGACGCAACCUCCGAAGAUGGGAAGGAUGAGGACUAUGGGGGCAUUGACAUGCAGUGA